GCCACUGCAGACAUCUAAACAAGACCACAAAGAAAACAAACCGGAUUUCAUAGACAACCAACUACUAAAAGCGAAUAACUAUACCAUAGACAAUGCUACAUUUGGCCGAAACCAAUAUAUAGUUGAUGGUGUAGUAUUUAAGGAAAAUAUCAAUAUUAGUAGAUACAGAGAGUUUGAGCUGUAUAAAUUAAAGAUGGAUGAUUAUGCGGAUUCUUCAGGUGUGUCAAUAGAUGAUGACACCCAUCUCCAACUAACCCUCGAGCUGGUCCCAAAUGGCUUCAUCAUAAACUCCAAUGUGUUCCUCACCCACCACCAGUGGCACACCAUCUAUCUGGUGUCCGAGAACUUCCGCCGCUGCGCCGUAUGCGAGGUCUACUGUGACGCCACAGAUCAUAUCGGCUGUAGCCUGCAUCUAGCUAACAUGCAGAGAUAUAAGCCGCUUCAUAAGUAUGAUUUGACUAUUACUAGGAAGAUCAACAACAACUACCAUUGCGGCGUCUGCAACACAAUAUUCGACCAGUCGCUGAAAACCGAGCAUUACUCCAGCAAAACACACGAGGAUAAACUAUUAUUCGCGAUCAACAGAGUCUCGGACAUCAUGUACGAUUUCAACAUACACCACAACAAUAAUAACGACAAGAAAGAUUCAUACUAUUUCAACGUUAAGCAUAACUAUAACCAUCAAAACGCUUACAUGGUAGACGAACCGAAUGAAACUCUAGAAGAAUACAGCGAUGAAGAUAUUGAGAUUAUAGAGAAGAAAAAGUAUAAUUAUAACGAAGAUGAUUGGUAUCCGUUGAAUGAGGAUUAUAGUGAUGAUGAAUAUUAUGAGCCGAUGCAGAAUUUGGAGUUUUCUUAUGCGUCUAUGGCUAAAAAACCGAAGAGUGACGAUUUGCCUGACGUUUUGGAGGUAGAUUUAGGUAAUAAGAAAGUGACAGUAAAAUUCAACUCGUGGAACAUGCUAAUCCGUCCGAUGGCCAACCGUUUCUACUGUAUGGCCUGUAAGGUGCUCGACCACUUCCGGAACAGAGCGGAACAUUGCAAGAGCGAAGGGCAUACAGCCAGGCUCAACGAGUGUACUGUGGUCGACGAGUAUGAGAAGUACUUUGUUAGACAGAGGGAAGGGCAUACAGCCAGGCUCAACGAGUGUACUGUGGUCGACGAGUAUGAGAAUAAAGAGCUCAGUCACUUCCGGAACAGAGCGGAGCAUUGCAAGAGCGAAGGGCAUACAGCCAGACUCAACGAGUGUACUGUGGUCGACGAGUAUGAGAAGUACUUUGUUAGACAGGUCGACGACAAAUGCUACCACUGCGGCCACUGCAACAAUCUGCAACUGAUCAAUGUGAUGGAAGACCACAUCCGCUCCGUCCACACUCACCCCACCACCGUUUCUUCUCUCCUCGACUCACCGGCCAAAAAAAUAACACAUUCCACACCGCACAAAACAACCAAAACUGAUGAUAUAGCGAAUCGAGGCACAAACGACACAGAAGAAAUAGUUGGAAAUGAUACUAAAAUAAUUAACCCGGCUACUGUGUUUGAGGGUCUUAGACAAGCUAAUAGCAAUUUCGAUGAUAUAGUCAUAUGUACGUUUGGGAGUAAUCUUCGUAUGUCGAAGUUGGCGUUUAAUAUAGUGUGCCAAGGAGAAAAUGAUUAUUAUUGUGGGCUUUGUGAAGUUAAUAUAGAUAGGGAGAAAUUGAGGUUUCACGUGAACGAUGGGAAGCAUUUGGCGAUGUUGCAGCGGACACCAUUUAUACAGGCGUUCAAUGUGCAUCUGUUUAGAGAGAUUCGCGACGCCCUUCACUGUGGUUUAUGCAACGAGCUCAUACAAAUUAUGCCAGAAUUUAUUAUAAAACACAAAUACCUCGAAAAACAUAUCGUGAGCCUGCACAGAGCUCUGGGCUAUUUCAAAAACGACAAUACACUUACUGAGGCUAAAAAUGGUACAAAUAUUCGUAACACUAUAGCUCAAUCUAAGCCAGUAGCUGAAAUUCCUAAAAUACCUACUACAAAUGUAAUUAAUACAAAUGUGACUAAUGUUAAUGGUGUCAAAAAAGAAGCGGCUAUUCCGAAUAAUAAUGUGCCUUUAAAUAAUAUACCAAUACCAAAUAUAGUUAAUAAGAAAAUCGUACCAAUCGCCAAUAAGAAUGUAACUAUAACAACAGUUAAUAGUAACAAGAAUGAAAAUGUUACUAAUACAAAUAAAAUAAUAGAUGCAUCGAAAACUGUAACUGUUAAAAGUGUACCAAAUACUGCAGCUAAAGAAAAUACAAAUAAAAUAAAUGUGGAUAUAUCUAAAAAUGUACCGGUUAAUGUUAAGAAUGGACCAAAUAAAGACAAUCUAAAAGAUGGUAUGGACGCAGAUACACAAUUAAAAACUGAAGACUUCGUAACAGUAAAAAACGGUGUUAAAGAAGAAAUGGCAGAUGAAUUGGACGAUUCGUACAUCGAAGAUUUCGAUCUUGAAGAAUAUGUUUAUUUAAAACUGGGUAAUAGUUAUAUUAAGAUAACUAAUGCGGCGUAUAACUCCUUAGUGGACGUGGGCGAUGGUAGUAAAUACUGUUUUGUGUGUUCGUCCGUCGUGUGUGAGUUGAGUAAGCAUGUUGAAAGCCGGGGGCAUAUGGAAAAUAUGGAGAAAUUUAAGUUUGUUGAUAAGUACAAUGAGGAUUUGAUGAGACAGUUCUACCUCAUGUACCACUGCAGCAUCUGUAAUGUGGUCAUCACCAGAAAGCAUUUACACCAGCACCUGUCCUGGCCCACGCACUCACUCCAAACUGAAAACACGAAGAUAACCUCAAAAAAACGCAAAACCGAAAUCAAAACGGGCACCAAACAGAUCACCGUCACUACCCAGAAAGAAAACAUAUAUCUAAACGAAAAAGAGACUGAUAUAAAGAUAUAUAAAAAUAUAACUAUAGAAAAGGAAAAAUUAGAGAUACAGAGGAUGAAUAAGAUAGUGAUAUUCAAUGAUAACGUGCUGAAAGUGCCUUUUGAUAGUUGGCACGGUUUCAGUGAGAUAGCGGAUGGGUAUAGAUGCAAGGUUUGUCAGAGCGAGUUUGAGAGUAGUGAGUUUGGUUUGCAUGCGGGCAGCGAGUGGCAUAAGGGGAAUUUGGAAAAGAUUGAGAAGCAGUAUUCACCGGCGCUGAUAAGAAAGAUAAACGACACAACCCUAAACUGCUUGAUGUGCAACACGGAGGUGGCCAACAAGAAGCACAUAGUCGCCGAACACAUCCAGGGCAAGAGACAUGUCAAACAAUACGAAAACAUGCUCAAAGACAGCUCCGGGGCGAAUAGCUAUGCCGAUUGCGACCAAGAUGUCGUUAUGCUGUAAU